CUUCUGACCCGGUCCCUCCGCCUCGGCACCCGGCGCGGCCGGGAGCUCCCAGCCCGGAGGGAUCCCGCCCAUGCUCUCCCUCACCUCCCCUCGGUAUUCGAAGCCACGCGUGUCCGUGCAUCGGUGUGGGUGGAAAGGCUGCCGCAGGAGCCGGAGCCAGCCAGCUCCGCCGGCCCUUCCAGCCCCAGCAGGUCAACAGGUCCGGUUUCCGCAGCCUGGACUUAAGUGGCGUUGAGUUCGAGCCCCAGUUUCCCCCAAAGACAAGAUACAGCGACCACUAGGAAACUUCCCACCCCCCGUUGCCGGCACAGUAGUGACCAGGGGGUCAACUUGGGGAUGUGCCCACGAUGAUGGACAGCAAGGACCUAGAAGCGGAAAUCCACCCCUUGAAGAACGAAGAUGGGAAAUUGCAAGAGAAUCUGGAAAACCCAGCGAAAAAGGAAGAGCACUCGAAAAGCACCCCCGUGCGGUCCCGUCUCUCCGGAUGCCGGACGGCCGUGUUUUUCCUCUCGCUGUUUAUCUGCCUUUUGGUGGUGUUUGUGAUUUCCUUCAUCAUCCCGUGUCCAGAUCGACCAGCGUCACAGACGUGGAGAAUCGAUUACAACACGGCAGUCACCUAUGACUUUCUGGCCACGGAAGACAUAAACAGGGAUAAGAUCCAAGAUGUUCUCUUUCUUUAUAAAACGAUCAACGGCAGCAAUAACGUCAACCAGUCCUGCGCCGAUGAAGGCUUUUCCUUGCCCUGCACCUUUGUGGCCGCCGUGUCAGGGGUCAACGGCAGUGUCCUCUGGGAGAGGCCUGUAGCCCAGGAUGCGGCCCUCGUGGAGUGUGCCAUCCCCCAGCCGAGGGACAGCGGAGCGUCUUCCGUCUGCAUCCUCAUGGGCAGACCUGGUCCUUUCAUCGCAGUUGACUCAUUUACAGGGCAGACCCUGUGGAACCAUCCCAGCAGCCUUGGAAGGAACGCUUCCAUCCUGAGCCCUUUACUCCAAGUGCCCGACCUUGAUGCCGACGGGGCCCCAGACCUGCUGGUUCUCGCCCAGGAGGGAAAGGAGGUUAACGGCUACAUCUAUUCAGGCAGCACUGGGCACCAGAUUGGCCACCAAGGCAGCCUUGGUGUGGACGGGGCCAGCGGCUCCCUCCUCCAUGUCACCAGGGCAGGCGCCUACUACAUCCUUGUCCCCUGCGCAAGUUCUCUGUGUGGCCAUUCUGUGAAAAGCCUCUAUGAGAAGGUGACCGGGAGAGACAGCUCAUUACAGAGUGACCCCGGCUGGGAGGACGUGCUCAACACCACCGCCCACAGGCUGCUUCUGCACAGCUCUGGAGCCAUCCACCACCUGAUGAACGUCCCCGGGAAAGGUGGCGAGGACCUCCUCCUCGUGAGUUCAGAGGCCUGUAUGCUGCUGGACGGGCAGGAGCUGACACCCAGGUGGACCUUCAACGUAGCCCAGGUCCUCAGGAAACCCGUCCUCGGCCACUACAAACCUGACACCUUGGCCGUGGUCAUUGAAAAUGGAACUGGCAUUGACAGACAGAUCCUGCUCCUGGAUGUCAGCACCGGGGCCCUCCUGUGGAGCCAGGCGCUCCCGGGCCUCGCUGGGGACCCUCAGUCUGCCAGCCUGCCGACAGCAGACCACCGCUCAGCCUUCUUCUUCUGGGGCCUCCACGAGCUGACCGGGGCCUCCCCGAUGGAGCCCAGGGACCCCCAGCACAGCCUGUACCUGUUCCAUCCCACCCUGCCCGGCAUCAUGCUCGAGCUGGCCAACAUCUCUGCCAACAUCGUUGCCUUCCAAGUGGCCCUGUUUGAGCCUGGCCGCCACGCUGCCUGCGUCCUCCUCACGGGCCCAGCCAGCCCGGACACGCCCGGCCUGGUGUCCGUGGCCAAACACGAGAUACCGGACCUUGUCCUGAGCAGCAGGGUGGUCCGCCUGGCCAAGGGCGGGCCCGACAACGACCAGGCGGUCAGGCAUCGGCUCUCCCGCCUGCGGUACCGGAGCGAGGCCUAGACACGCAGCGGCCGGAUCGUGGGGGAGGCUCCAGCUGCUGGAAUUAAACGUCCUGGGAAGUUGGCCCUUCCCUCACUCCGUCUGUAUGCUGACUCUCCAUUCCUGAGCCGGCAAUGCUCUCCAUGGGAGGCCCCUCAGUACCCAGGGACAUGCGUGGGUGAGGGGACAUCCCGGCCUCCCUCCGUUCCUGCCCGGCACACGGUGUCCUCACCCACUGGGGUCGCACUCAAGGCCAACUGCCUUCACAGUGGUCUUCUGGGGGAGGAGCCCAGGCCCAUCCUGCAGAAGCCCCCUCCCCUUUUCCUGUCUGAGUCCUCUGCACCCUCCCUCUGGGGUCAUGGAGCUCAGAGGGUAGCGGGCCCUGGAGUGAGUGACCUCAGGGCAGUAGCUGGGACCUGACGCCAUUCCAGACCCCCAGCCCUUCCCAGAGCAAGGAGGGGAGGAAUGUAGCACAGUUGGAGGUGACUUGCCCUGGGGAGCCCCUUGGACCCCGACCCACGAUGGAGGGGGCUUGUAAGACAGGAUAGGUGGGGCUGCUCAAGAGUGCUCUGGGGGGCUUAUACCUCUGUGCUGCCUGCUGUCCUGGGAACGUUCCACGGCACUGGCCAUAAGACCCACACGGGGGUCAUUUUGCAUCCUCUCAAUACACACUGGAGCCACUCAUCCCUUUGGAGUCCCUGCACCCCUGGGCGAGGCCAGCACCCCCCCUUCCUGGUGCUCGGAUGCCCCCAGUAGUCGGUGUCACCUGAUGCAGGACUCACCUCUGUGCCUUUUGCACCCCAGGACCACUGUGGUGCGCCAUGAGGCCAAGCUAUGCCCAGGCAAAAAUAAAAAGCCAGGUAACCCUGGGUACCACAAGAAGAAACCAGAAUAAAUGAUUUUUGCACUGUCUG